UUGCCUUCAAGUCCUUGGUGAAAAAAUGGAAAAUAUUCUCCCGUUAUAUGUACAUGAGUUACAAACUUCACUUAACACAGUUGUGUUGUUCAAAACGUUUUGCCCACACAGUAAGUUUUCGUACAGGACAACAAAAUGUCCUGAUGUGAGAAUAUUUGCGGUCCUAUGAUCUCCCGGGAACGAAGGAAGUUGGUGCGAGGGUGGGUUUUGCAUACGUGAAAGGAACAACCAUUAACAAUAAAAAAGAUGAGAUGGAACAAUUUAAUUGACAAACAGAAUCAAUUUUUAAAAAAUUAAUAAACGGGAACACGUGUAUUGCACAGAAAACUGGGCAUGCGAUACACUACAAGGUGUAUGUUUAUGUAUGGAGUAUUGCAUUCUUCGUUCAGUUGAAACACUUUUAAAGUAUCUCAUCAAAUACUGUAAAACAUACUGUAGAUUCUUUUGGAGGUAACCGACAGUCUUUUUUACAAGUCAAAUUAAAGUACCACACCGUUGUCGCUUCCUGAUGACGUGGCUCUGCGCCUCAUGACGAAGAGGCUUCCUUGCAACGAACGCUUCCAAGCAGAAGAACAAAACUCAGAGCUUGGAUGCAUGUCAAAGAUGGAGCUUCGAUGACUCAAGAGUAGACGAAGCGAAAGAUUCCCAUUGGGAGAAGACCGUGAAGGCAGCGUGACCUUUCACACGCCACACUCCCUCGUCACAUUUUGGUCAUUGAGCUACUACGCAACACACAAAGACACUUGAUCACUGAACCGGAACCGUGUGUGAACCAUGAACGACUUUCUCUCCACUUGCCACGCAGCCGUCAAGGCAAGUGAUGGGCUACCGUCAGGCCAUCCGUUCCACGUGGUUCUGGGAAAUGAGGCAUGCGACCUGGACUCCAUGGUGUCCUCGUUGGUGUAUGCCUACUACCUGUCCAAGACGCGCGGCGAUGAAGAGGUGCUCAGCGUACCGCUGCUCAACAUCCGGCAGGGAGAGCUUUUGCUCCGUUCCGACAACGUGUUCCUGCUGCGCCAGGCCGGCCUCUCUCCAGAUUUCCUGCUCUUCCGGGACCAGCUGGACUUGGCGGCGCUGUGGCGGGCGGGUCGCCUACGCCUCACGCUCGUAGACCAAAAUGUCCUUCCCAGUUCAGAUGCCGACCUUGAGGGGGCGGUGGUGGAGGUGAUUGACCAUCACGCGCUGGAGCGAAACCCCAGUCCAUCCUGUCCCAUUACCGUGGAGACGGUGGGCUCCUGCGCCACCCUGGUGACCGAACGCCUCAUCCAUAAGGCGCCGCACAUUCUGGACCAGCAGCUGGCGCAGCUUCUCUACGCGACCAUCUUGACCGACUGCGUCAACAUGGCGCCCGAGGCGGGAAAGGUGACAGCCAAAGACAGCCAGUACGUCGCCACCCUGGAGGCGCGUUUCCCUUCCCUGCCACCGCGUGGUGCUCUCUUCCAGGCCCUGCACAACGCUAAGUUUGACGUGUCAGGGCUCAACACGGAACAGAUGUUGAUGAAAGACAUGAAAAUGCUCAAAGGAAGUUUGUUCAUGGCUGUCUCCGUACUCUUCCUGCCCAUAGAGGCAUUCCUGCAGAGGGUGGAGCUGGAGGCGGAGCUUUGCAGCUUCUGCCACAAGCUGGGUUUGGAUCUGUUGGUGUUGAUGAGCAUCUCCUUCACGGAGGCCAAGCAGCCAGUCAGAGAGCUGGCGCUCUUCAGCCACAGCGCUCCCUGCAGGGAACAGGUGAGCCACUUCCUGGAGCGGGCCGGCGACCCCCCGCUUGACCUGCGUCCAAUCAGCAGCCCUCAUGCCCACGUGGCGGCCUACCACCAAGGAAAUGCGUUGGCGUCGCGAAAGAAGCUUCUGCCGCUGCUCAAAGACUUUCUGAGGGCGCGUGACGGCGAGGACAAGGACGACGAGGCCGAAGACGAGCGUGGCCGGGUUCCGCCAACGCCGGCCAACAGCCUGGUGGAGGGCUGCCCCCUGGAUGCCGGACCACCCAGCAUUAGUGCGCACGCACUGCACGAAAAGUUCAGCAAGAUGAACCCACAUUGACCACGCAAGUCCCCUCCCCUCAUUUGCUAUUCUCAAGUGGUACUACUCUAUGCAGAAUUAAAGGUGACAACUUCACCUUAAUUACUUUUCCCUGAACACAAUCUCACACGCAACUAACACGAGCCAAAUUGAUAUGGAACCCAACAAGCGAUGCGGUGGCUUCUAUAUCAAGUCACGUCAAGCUUUAUUGUCAAAUAUGCUCUGUGCAACAUACAGCACAGAUGAAAUUACGAGGAAUGGACUCAGAAUGCCGCUUAUUUGCUGUAGGGAGAAGUGAAGCCACCGGCGGCCAUCUUGCGUAGCCACUCGCCUAACUUGAAUACAUUGAUAUCGCUGUUGCGUUAUAGUGACAAAGAUGAACUAAGUAAACCCAGAAAUGUAGUUUUGAAAUGA